GUUAGCUUGGGAAGCAGCUGAUGUCAGUCAGUAGGCCUCAGUCUCACUGGACUGAUUGAUCAACUGACUUCAGGUGUGUGCAGCAGCAGCAGGUAGCAGGGUUGGUGGAGACAGAAGUUUUCCCCUUCUGAUCUGUCUCUGACCAUCACACACCACUAGAACCAGCAGCAGUUUUGUUUUUUAAUUCACUAAAUGUUGACGCUGGUGUAAACUUUUCAAAUGGCUGGAAGGUAAUACGUCACUGAACCACAGUGUAUUAAUCAUUAGCAGUUUGGUUAAUCUUAUUGAAGCCUUGAUUUGAUUGAUUGAUUCUUUGGCUUAUGAGUUUUUUGAGAAUAGAUGUUAUUGUUAAAAGGCCAUAGUGCAGCGCAGUUAAAGUCUUUUUUUCUUCUUCUUCGAACUCAUAAGUCCUUUCUCCAUUUUCUGAUAUUUCCUAGUGCUUCAGGUUGCAGAGUAUAUUGUACCCAAGUGUUGAGGUUCAUUCGAACUCUGACUCGUAAGAAGCCUCUGGAACCAGAAGGAGAAGAGUCCAACUUCUGUCGAUGCCUGACCACCUUGGACCUGGUGGGUCUGGGUGUCGGCAGCACCCUUGGAACUGGUGUGUAUGUGCUGACAGGAGAGGUGGCCAGGGAGGUGUCCGGUCCCAGCAUCAUUAUCUCCUUCCUGGUGGCAGCAAUAGCAUGGGUGUUUGCUGGGUUGUGUUACGCUGAGUUUGGAGCCCGGGUACCAAAGACAGGCUCUGCUUACCUUUACAGCUAUGUGACAGUUGGAGAGGUGUGGGCGUUUGUGACCGGCUGGAACCUGCUGCUGUCCUACGUCAUUGGUGAGUAAAACAAACGCUAAAAGUGCAUGUGUAACUAUCUACUGCAGUGUGUUUUAAAAUGGUGAAAGAACAAAAAUGCUAUUGGCUAAUGUGGAGGCAAAGUGAGACAAUAUGGUGGUUCUUAAAUAUCUAAAGACCGUCAAGAACCUUAAAGAGAGGCGUGCUAAAAGGUUGCUAGACUUUUCAACAGUAAGUCUGCUGUGAUUCUGGCAUACUGACCAGAGGAAACAUUUAUGGGAGACGCUGUAUUUCAGUUCGAUUGUAAUCCAUCACAUCAGGUAAAUCCAUAGACUAUAGAAUUGACAGCGUCUGCCUCCUCGCUGGGUGAAGCCACCCCGAGAACAGCACCCUCUGGUGACGGGCUGCAGUAAAGGUCAUAAAUCCCGCCAUCCUUACGGAGCUGUGGACAAACUUAAGAAAUUAAUUACACAGACUUUAAAUUUUUCUCCCCCCUGCUUGUGAUGUUGACAUGUAGUUACUGUAAGAUUGGUUUGUGCUCAGUCCUCUUUUUUUCUGUACAGCUCCAUUUUUAAAAGUUAUUAGGGGGUUCAUUUUUUCUAUGAUUGACACUUCUUACAGCCUAUGGGCGUACGAAGAUUGCGUGGCUCACCGGGGGGAUACGCUGUUUGAGCCGAGGGUCAUCACAGCGACUCUCCUGCCGAAUGCGUACAACGCUUCUGCGCAAUGUUGGUUUCAGGAAGUGGAGAAAAAACUUGGAAUUACCGAGAGCUUUUUGGCUUCAAAUCCGUAUACUGGCAGAAGGCAGAACCAAGGAUUGUCUAUGCGUAAAUCCCAGUUUUAAUGAAAGACAGACUGACAUACAGUAUUGUUAGCUUAGAUCUUCUGCACAGGCUGAGUUCUUGUUAUACUGUCUUGUAAUUGUUUUCGUUGAUGGCUAACUUUGACUGCAUGCAUUUUACCUGUAGAGAUUUAUGAUAAUAUGAGCACAACCUAUAAAAACAAUCCUGUCAUUUCUUCUGCUUCUUCUUCUUAGGUACAUCUAGUGUAGCUAAAGCCUGGACUGGGACCUUUGAUGACCUGAUAGACAAUGUAAUCGCUAAAACUCUGAGCAAACAUACACCGAUGGACUCACCGGGCUUGGCUCCAUACCCAGACUUCUUUGCUGCCGGCCUCAUUAUGCUGCUUGCAGGUAAAAUCUGUGAUGUCUAAAAUAAAUGUGCUUUAGACUGAAUUUAAUAUUCAGGCUGAUCUUUGAACAGUUUUACAUCACCAGUCUUUAAUUUCAGGGUUUCUUGCCUAUGGAGUCAAGGAGUCAGCGGCCGUGAACACAGUUUUUACUGCUGUUAAUGUAAUCAUCCUAACUUUCAUAAUCAUCGCUGGAUUCAUAAAAGGUGACAUCAACAACUGGCAGAUCAGUCAAGAGACAAUUCUUAACAUCACCCGACAAAUGGAGUAAGAGGUUUUUCUGGAUCUUUAACCUCUACAGAGUUAAUUAUUGAAAUAAAGAUAAGAAAGACGGCCUCCUGUUUUCAUUCAAGAAAGAGGCGCCAACUAGACGGAAGCUUAAAAACAAGAGGAUUUACGGUCAUGCAAAGCUCUUGUAAACAUUCCCUUUAUUUUCUUUUCUUUUGCAGGAACCACACACUGGCUAACAAUGAAACUGCUGACUUUGGUGUUGGAGGCUUCUUCCCCUUUGGCUGUGACGGGACAUUAGCAGGAGCAGCGACAUGUUUUUAUGCUUUUGUUGGAUUUGACUGCAUUACCACAACAGGUACCAAGAGUGGGUUUAGUAUGAUUUAGGGAUGAGAAAGUUUAGUAUGGAGUGAGAUGUAAGGAGACCUACCAUACUCAUUUUCACCUUUUAUCAUGAUGAUUAGAGACACAUGUGGAGUAGUUUUGCAUGUCUGGCUUCUUUUUCGUAAGUGUGUGAGUCAGAUGCAGCUUUUGGGUGUUACUUUUCACACAGCUUUGAAUUCAGAAAAUGACCUAAAGUUCUGCCUUCACGGAGAACAUUUGUGGUGAGCUGCAAGCACCUACUCAGCUUUUGAUUUGGCAUGUAUUAGCAGCUGUUUUAGGGUUACUUACAGUUUGUGCUUUAAACCUUGAAAUUGGGUUUUUAUGGAAAGAGCAGCCCCAGGUUUCAUUUAAAUCCGGACAUCUAACUUUAAAAUACUAAAUAAACAUACAGAUCAGAUGACUCUUUUGCAGAUUGUUAACCAUUGAACGAUUGUGGCAAAGCAGUUUAUCUUUAAGGUUAGAUUUUUGAAGUGUCCAAAGAACAAGAGUUAAGAGGAUAAAGAUGUGCUCUUUCAGGGGAGGAGGUGCAGAACCCACAGAGAGCCAUCCCUCUUGGGAUUGUGUCAUCCCUCCUCAUCUGCUUCCUGGCAUACUUUGGCGUGUCUGCCUCUCUCACGCUCAUGAUGCCUUACUACCUGCUGGACACACACAGCCCCCUACCUGUUGCCUUUGAAUACGUUGGCUGGGAGCCUGCGAAGUAUGUGGUGGCUGUUGGAUCCCUGUGUGCGCUCUCAACGAGGUACUGAUCUGCCGUUGUAUAAACCGGCCUUUAGGAGAGGGAGUUUCUUUUUUUUUCACACUUCUGGGUCCUAGAGUUGUAAGAAUGCACACACUCAUUUCCAACCAAAAAUGUUCAAGUUAAAUCCAGCCAGAGACCUGUAAAGUUAAAGAGUGUUUGUGUACAUAAUUACCCUUUUAAUGAAUGUUUGCAUGUAUAGAUGGUGUAAGAUAGAUGGUGUCAAAAUCAGCCAAAUCUAAGUACACCAGACUUACAACCUUCUAUAAAAUAAGUCGCACAUUUUUUACUUUAACAUGAUCACUUUCUGACACAGGACCUUUCUCCUAUUAAGUAUUUUAAAUAUGUAACUUAAAGCCAGCAGACAUCAGAGUAGAAGAUCUUGUCAUGAAUAAACCAGUGUUAAAUGCUCAGUGCUUGAUAAAAAACUUCUCACACUAGUGUUCCUCCUGUUUCCUGGCUGUUUCUGUCUCUCCACAGUCUCUUGGGAGUGAUGUUUCCAAUGCCACGAGUCCUCUUUGCCAUGGCAAGAGAUGGUCUUCUCUUCCAGCGGCUAAGCUACAUGAGCUCUAGGCAGAGUCCGGUCUUCGCCACAAUGACUUCAGGAGCUGUGGCUGGUAAGCUUGACUUAAUUAAACAUGAAACUGUACCUAAAGGUGUAUAGAUACAGCCAUGAAUAACUCAAAUUAUUUUUUAAAGAUUUAGCAAAGCUGACUGGGGACAGUAGAGGCCUAUUUUUUGGUCCACAGGUUGUGAUGUAUUACCAUGAGAUAGAUAGACCAAUUAUCUAUGGAACUAUGACCACUGACAGGUGUAGUAAUUUACAUGGAUUAUCUCUUUACUGUGUCAGUGGGUCAAAUAUAUUACAUUUUGUCCUCAAACAUUAUAUGCUUGAAGUAGGAAUAGCAUUAUUAAAACAAAAAGAGAGCAAAUUUGAGAUUGGGUAAAUUUGUGAUGAUUAGAUGUUUAGGUCGGAGCAUCUUUCAAACCAGUCAAUAGUGACAGGGUGGUCUACCGAUGUGACAGGGCUGGCCAAAGUGGCCAGGUCCAAAAGGAGAGCUCACUGGUUUAAAGAUAUUCGCAUACCCCCCUUUUGGAGGUUUUCCCAGCAGCAGACCUGUCAGGGUGGCAUGCUAACCCCUGUCCAACCAUUUAGUUUUGACCUCCAUUUAUUUUCACACUGCACUCUGAAAUGGCGAUAUAUUGGCAUCCCAGUGUGUGAUUUCAUAUCACAUUAUGGUGUUAAAGAAGUGCACAGUUUUAAAGCCUGUCGUCAUAUUAAUAAUGCCAACUCAACCAACCUUCGAUCAACCUACUAGUGGUGGUCCUCUAGCCUCCUCAAUGAAAGCAUGCCCACCUGUCAGUCAUAUCAGCUGUGCCACUGAUUGGCCAAUCUUAUAACCUUAACAACUUUCAAACAAUGAGUAACAAAAAAUUCACAUCUCUCACAGAGGGUGCCAUCCAGGCCCACCGUAAACAGACCAAAACAUUUUUUGAACUAGAUAGUAAACAUGAUUAUUUUUGCUCUAAAAUUGACUUUUUUGGCCUAGUGUUUAAAGUUUCCAUGCUUCUGCUGCCAGCCUCAAGAGGGCAGUCGGGGAACAGCAUUUUUUUAAGAGAAGGGAUGCAUCAGCUUCAUUACCCUUUGAAGUAACAGGGGCACAUACAGUAUUUACCACCUUGAAAUGGCAGCGAUAAGAUCCCAUACAAUAAUAGGCAGGUGUCAUAAUUUAACAGUUUAUUAUAUGGUGCUGAGCAUUCUUGGAAAUAAGCACUUUUGAGUGCAUGACAGUCUUCAUCAUUCAGAGUGAAUACUCAGUAACUCUAAUCCCUUUGUGUCCUCAUUCAUGGCUUUGAGCAUACUCUUGCUGGUUCAGUUAUAUUUGCAUAUCUCUGCAGCUUUCAUGGUCCUGUUAUUUGACUUGAAGGCGCUGGUUGACAUGAGUUCAAUCGGGACCAUCUUUGCCUACACUCUGGUUGCAGUGUGUGUACUUAUACUGAGGUACGUACAACAUGUGGUUUCAAAGCCCCCAAAUUACUAUACACACGUAUUUAAGACCUCUAGCAUUUUUAUUAUAAAAAAAAUUAGUCAUUUAAAGAUCGCUCCUUUCUCUUUUUUAUUUAAAUCCCAGAUAUAAAGAAGACUCCAGUAUUGUACACAGACCUGAACCAUUUCCUGUGAUUGGACUGUUUCGGCCUCCACCUCGAUCAACCCACUACACCUCUAAAAAUGUUAAUAGAGUUACUAUCGUUAUUUGUAAGUCCUCCUCCACCGAUUUUAACCAUCCACUUUAUAUGCAGUUGUGGUAUGUUCUGAUGUUUUGUUCUCAGUGUUCCUCAUCGUCUUUUUGAGCGUGCUGUUGUCCGAGGGUGUUCAUUCCCUUCGCAGACGGGAGUGGUGGAGCGUGCUGCUUGUCACCGUCAUCACACUGAUGCUGGUCCUCGCUGUGUGGAUCAUCUGGAGGCAGCCACAGAACACAACUAAAGCUGCUUUCAUGGUAAAUUUCCUGUCAGGGGUCAGUCAAUGGGGUUUUCCUAUUGUAUUGCACAUCCCCAUAAAAAAACCUUGGUUUAUAUAGCAUUAUGAUAUUCAAACUUUUGCAUCUUUCCCUAAAUACAGACUUAGAAUAGUGGUCUAUUGUUUCCUUUAGGCCAAUCAUGAUUGUUUCUUACUGAUUACACUCCUAUAUGAAGCUCAGCUAGCUUGCUGCUGCCCAAAGCUGCAUAUUCAGUGUGUAACUAUGAGUCACAUAAACACUGACACUUUGUAUAAGGAGCAAAAUAUGUUCCAUUAUUACAAACUCAUUUCAAUCUGCAAAGCCAGUGAUAACGUUUUAUGUUUUUAUAGGUACCCUGUCUACCUCUAGUUCCACUUUUAAGUGUCCUUAUUAAUACCUAUCUGAUGGUUCAGCUUGGAGGUGAAACUUGGAUCAGCUAUGCAGUCUGGAUGGUUGUAGGUAAGUGUAUAUUAAUUUAAACUUUGUUAAAUAAGAUAUGUGAUUGUAUAAAAGAAUCUAAAUAAAAGGAAAACGUAAUAGUUACGCUUAAUCCCCACUCUUCUUCCCUCAGGUCUGAUUAUCUACUUUGGUUACGGGGUUCGUCAUAGUGUCCAGAAACAAAGGCUUCAGGAAGCUUCUAUCCAAAUGAACAAUGUCAUCGCACCUCCAAGUGUCGCUGCUUAACAUGAAUAUAGUGGCGUCACAUGUUGCAUCUGCUCACACUUAUUUCGCCUGAUAGAGAAAAUGGAUAAAUCUGAAGGGAUUACUUCAGGAUUAGAUCCAGGCCAGAGUUGGGUUAAGAUAAGAAGAACUUUAUUUAUUUAGUUACGAUUAGUGUGACGCCUCCAUAUUUUAAUGCAAACCAUUGCUUUGUGAAAAAAUUGCUAUGUGAUGUUAUAAUUAAUGUACUUUCUCCUGUUUGUACAAACACGCUGUUUGUCUUUUUAAUGAAUUGUAGCUUGAUCAGUCAUUCA